AUGAAUGAUGAAUAUGAUGCUAUUGUUCUUGGAACUGGCUUGAAGGAAUGUAUUCUUUCUGGUAUGCUUUCUGUUUCUGGAAAGAAGGUUCUUCACAUUGAUCGCAAUAAUUAUUAUGGAGGAGAAUCAGCUUCUUUAUCACCAUUAAAUCAACUUUAUGAAAUGUUUCAUGGAAAAGAUGCUCAAACACCUGAAUAUAUGGGUCGUGGACGUGACUGGAAUGUCGAUUUGAUUCCAAAAUUUUUAAUGGCUAAUGGACAAUUAGUAAAACUUUUAAUUCAUACUGGAGUCACUCGUUACCUUGAAUUUAAAUCCAUUGAAGGAUCGUACGUUUAUAAAGGUGGAAGUGUUUAUAAAGUUCCUGCUGAUGAAGUUGAAGCUUUAUCUACUAGUUUAAUGGGAAUGUUUGAAAAACGUCGUUUCAAAAAAUUUUUAGUUUGGGUUCAAGGAUUUGAUAUUAAUGAUCCAAAUACUUUUGAGGGAAUGGAUCCAACAAAAGAUACAAUGCAACAAGUUUAUGACAAAUUUGGAUUAGAUGAGAAUACUGCUGAUUUUACAGGACAUGCUUUAGCUUUGUAUCGUGAUGAUGCUUAUAAGGAUGAGCUUUUUGUAAAAACUGUUCAAAAAAUUCGUUUAUACUCUGAUUCUCUAGCUCGUUAUGGAAAAUCUCCAUAUUUAUAUCCACUUUAUGGUCUUGGUGAACUUCCACAAGGAUUUGCUCGCCUUUCUGCUAUUUAUGGUGGUACAUAUAUGUUGGAUAAACAAGUUGAUGAAGUCGUUAUGGAAAAUGGAAAAGUUGUUGGUGUAAGAAGUGGAAAUGAAAUUGCUAAAUGUAAACAACUUUAUUGUGAUCCAUCAUAUGUAUUGGAUCGUUGUAAAAAAAAUAGCCAAGUUGUAAGAGGUAUUUGUAUUAUUGAUCAUCCAAUUCCUGAUACAAAUGAUGCUGCUAGUUGUCAAAUUAUCAUUCCUCAAAAACAAGUUAAUAGAGGAUCAGAUAUUUACAUUUCAUGUGUAUCAAAUGCCAAUCAAACAGCACCAAAAGGUUGGUAUAUUGCUAUGGUUUCUACCACUGUAGAAACUGGUAAUCCUGAAUUAGAAAUUCAACCAGGACUUCAACUUCUUGGACAAAUUAAAGAAAAAUUUAUUAGAGUUUAUGACAUUUAUGAACCAAUUGAUUUGGGACAUGAAUCACAAAUUUUUAUUUCACGUGGAUAUGAUGCUACUACACACUUUGAAACAGUAUGUAAUGAUGUCCUUGACAUCUUUGCUCGUGGGACUGGUGAACAAUUUGACUUUUCUAAAAUAACCCACCUUAACAUGGAGGAACAAGAUUAA